AUUAUUAAUCUCUAUCAAUUAGUCUUUCAAUCCAUAUCAAGGUUGUUUUUUUAGGGCAAUUCAAUUUCAAUUUAUUGGUUGGUUGGUUCGCCGGUUUAAUAUGUCUGUUAUUGCAGAGUUGGGCGGUGGAGGCAGGGAGGGGGGAGAUAUCGAUGAUGGUGGGAGCCAGGGAUCUGGAGAUCAUAUGGGGCGACACUCGCGCGUACUGGUGGUGGGAGAUGGUCGCGAAUGCAAGGUUCGCCGGAGGGGAAGUGGCGGCGCUUGAAAUCGUGUGGUGGUUGGAAAUACGGGCCAAGAUCAAGACCCGGAGGCUAUCGCUGGGAACCACGUACGCAGCCUACCUGGUGUUCAAAUUGAUGGGUGGACACAUCGGGUUCGCGGGGCAACCCGUGAAAGUAAGGGUCAGGUUUGUGGGUGACGAAGCCUCGGGCAAGGAAUCGGUCGCGAAUGUGGAUCCGGCGGCAGGGGCUACAACAAGCAGAUCGAGGGGAAAUCCCCCCGGCGGCGGUGGAAGCAGGGUAUAGAGGAAGAAGAAGAAGGGUGGAUGGGUCACGAGUUCGAUUCGGUUCGGGUAUCUUAUGUGUCUGGGUUCUAAUAAAGUGACAGAUGGAUU